AUGGCUCACGAAGCCCUGACCACUUGCACCGCCAAACUGGAGGACCAGAACCUCUUUGAGUUCGUCGCCGUCGUCCUGCGGGCCGUAAUAGACACCCUCGGGAUGAUAACAAAGCUCGCCUUGGUGAACGUCAACUUCUGGGAGUAUAUUGAUAUUGCCCAUAGUAGGAUAGCGAAACUGGUCAAAGUUGUGGCGGUGCACGGCUUCGUCGCCGAGAAAGAGGUACUUGAACCAAAGUCCAUUUCCCCUAUGCUUGAGACCAAGGCCCUCAAACUCAAGCUUGCUGGUAUCGGCAAUUUCCAUAAUGAUCUUGUCGACUUGGGUAGCGCUCUUGAAGCAGCAACAACUGACCGGAGGUGGCGCUUUUGA